AGAACGCCUGUAAGGAGAUAAAAUACCCAACAACAAGGGGCUGCUAGGGUCGAGGGAUAACAGUUCGAGGACCAACUUGGAUUAUCCGGCACUACUGCACCUACUCCGAGCUGGCUGAAACAUUUCGGGCACCUGCUCUUCGAAGUUUUUCCCAGUCAUAUAUCUUUCGCGGAAUUCUCCUGUUCUCUGAUCGUCAAUUCCUUCGUUGCCUCGAACAGUCGCAUGCGUUGAGGAUACCAAAUCACAGAAUGGUGCUGCUCAGGAGAUUCGCAGCUCUCGUAGCUGCAGGAACUGCCAUUGCAGGCCCAAUCGAGAAACGCGCUCCAUUCAACUGGGGAUCUGAAAAGAUAAGAGGCCUCAACAUCGGAGGGUGGCUUGUUCUGGAGCCAUGGAUCACACCCUCCGUAUUCCGCAAUGUCGACCAGUCCCUGGGAAUCGUCGACGAGUACACCCUCUGUGAGAGGCUCCCUGACCAAGCUGCUUCAAUCCUGCGUCAGCACUGGGACACCUGGGUCGGCCCCGGUGACAUCGCCCGUAUCGCCUCCGCAGGAUUCAACAUGAUCCGCAUUCCUAUCGGCUAUUGGGCAUUCGAUAAUAGCAACUCCCCCUACGUCCAAGGCGCCGCCGAUUACCUCGAUUCUGCCAUCGACUGGGCACGAGCCGUCGGCCUGCCAGUCAUGAUCGACUUGCACGGUCUCCCAGGCUCACAAAACGGGUUUGACAACUCCGGUCAACGUAUGGCAAGCGAUCAAAUCACCUUCCUCGACGGUGGCGUCUGGGGGCAAACCUCCGCGCAAGCCCUUCACGUCCUCUCCCUCAUUGCGCAGAAGUACGCCAAACCCGAGUACUCCGACGUGGUGAUGGGCAUCGAACUUGCCAACGAGCCCGUCAACUGGCAAAUCAACAUUGAGGAUCUCCGUCAAUUUUACCGCGAAGGCUACGGCCGUGUCCGCGAGCAAGGCGAGCCGCCCGUGGUCAUCUCCGACGCGUUCCUGGCGCCAAACACCUGGAACGGCUUCCUCACGCCCUCAGACAACGACGCGCGGAACGUCGCGGUCGACCACCAUGAGUACCAGGUGUUCGAUAACUACCUGGUCGGCAUCGAGCCGUGGGAGCACCGCCAGCAGGUGUGCAACACCGCGGACAGCUACAACGGCGCGGACAAGUGGACGUUCGUGGGCGAGUGGACGGCCGCGAUGACGGACUGUGCGCCGUUCUUGAACGGGUACGGCAUCGGAGCGCGGUACGACGGGACGUAUGCGGGCGGGCCGGAGCCGGCGCCGGGGAGCUGCGAGGGGAAGAGCGAGGUCUCGGCGUGGACGGAGGAUUAUAAAGACGAUACGCGCGGGUAUAUCGAGGCGCAGAUGGACGCGUACGAGGCGAAGACGGAGGGGUGGGUGUUCUGGAACUUCAAGACAGAGGGGGCGCAUGAGUGGGAUGCGUUCCGGCUCAUGGAUGCGGGAGUGUUCCCCGUGCCGGUGACAGAUCGGAAGUUUGGCCCGGUUUGCGGGAACUUGUGACGGGGAGAGUGAUACCCGGAUGCGGACGUGUCCAUUGGAGGAGUUUCUUGGUCAACGAAGGGGGCUAUUGGUAGCCCUGGUUAAUUUGAAUGAUGCAGUGGAGGACGCUCGCUAGGAAUAGAAGUUCUGUAGAUACUAACCUGAAUGAGCU